AUGUUGUGGCUCCUACCUGCUGUCUUAAAGAACCUUCAGCUUCUGCCCAGCACAGGUCGGGAGCUCAGCAUCAGGAAGAAACCCAGCACUCCGGGCUUUCAUCCAGUGUCUCUGGUAAGAGGUUGGAUCCACUAAGCACCUAGCAUGCUGUGGAAGAAUUUCUACCAGCUCGGCCAGAAGUUGGUACGCCGGCGGCCCCUGGCGGCCGACGAACAGUCCGAGUCUCCCCUGUCUCGGUGUCUGACCACUUUGGACCUGGUGUCCUUGGGUGUGGGCAGUACCCUGGGAGCAGGCGUGUAUGUCCUGGCUGGGGAGGUGGCCAGAGAGAAAGCCGGACCGGCCAUCAUCAUCUGUUUCUUAGUUGCUGCUCUAUCUUCAGUGCUCUCUGGACUCUGUUAUGCGGAGUUUGGAGCCAGGGUGCCGUGUUCGGGUUCCGCCUAUCUCUACAGCUAUGUCACAGUGGGUCAGCUGCUGGCUUUCAUCACCGGCUGGAACCUCAUACUCUCCUAUGUCAUUGGCGCAGCCAGCGUGGCCCGGGCCUGGAGUGCAGCUUUUGAUGGCCUCAUAGGGAACCACAUCUCCCAAGCCCUGCAGGACACCUUCCCUAUGCAUGUGCCCGGCUUUCUGGCCAAGUAUCCAGACUUCUUUGCGCUUGGUCUGGUGUUGGUCCUCACUGGAAUCCUGGCCCUGGGAGCUCGAGAGUCAGCCCUGGUCACCAAAUUCUUCACAGGAGUGAAUCUUCUGGUGUUGUGCUUCGUCUCCCUCUCUGGCUUCAUUAAUGGGAAGCUACACAACUGGCAGCUCACAGAGGAUGACUACAAACUGGCCAUGUCAGAGGCCAACAGCACUGACAGUUUGGGACCUCUGGGCUCUGGAGGGUUCGUGCCUUUCGGUUUGAGUGGAAUUCUCCGUGGUGCAGCAACAUGUUUCUUCGCCUUCAUUGGGUUCGACUGUAUUGCUGCUGCAGGGGAAGAGGCCCGCUGUCCCCAGCGCUCCAUUCCAUUGGGCAUUGUGACCUCACUCUUCGUUUGCUUUCUGAUGUAUUUCGGCGUUUCUUCAGCACUCACCCUCAUGAUGCCCUACUACCAGAUUGAUACGGACAGCCCCUUGCCCCAGGCAUUUGUCCAUGUAGGAUGGGGCCCCGCUCGAUAUGCAGUGGCCGUGGGAACCUUAUGUGCUCUCUCAUCCAGCCUCUUAGGCGCCAUGUUCCCUGUGCCUCGGGUGGUCUAUUCCAUGGCGGAGGAUGGGCUCCUGUUCCGGACACUUGCCCGUGUUCAUCCUCGAACACACACCCCUAUCCUAGCCACCGUCCUUUGUGGAACCAUCGCAGCAUUGAUGGCUUUCCUUGUUGAGCUCGGUGAUCUGGUGGACCUCUCAUCCAUAGGGACCCUGCUCUCCUAUUCCUUGGUGGCCUUCUCUGUUCUGGUCCUCAGGUACCAGCCAGACCAGAACUUAAGCUCUUAUAAGAAGGAGAAAUCUGAGAGCGGAGCUGUGGAGAUGAAGCCUAGACUUGAACUUUCUUCAUCCACGGAGGCUGUCUCUCCAGGAGGGAUUCCAGGGAUCGCAAGGAGCCUCUACGUCCCCACGGACACCACCCCAACUCCGAGAUCUGGCAUGAUUGUCUAUGGAUGUGCCUCCCUUCUUGUCUUCCUCCUGAUUCUCCUGUGCCUGAUCCUGGCCCAAUGGCCCGGGCAGCUCUUCUCUGCAGACCCAGUUUUGAUAGCUGUGGUUGUUUUACUGUUGCUUCUCAUUGUUGGGGCGGUCAUUGUCGUCUGGAGACAGCCUGAGAGUGCCACUCCGCUCCACUUCAAGGUUCCAGCGCUGCCCGUGCUUCCUGUCCUGAGCAUCUUUGUGAAUGUCUACCUGAUGAUGCAGAUGACUUCUGGGACCUGGAUUCGCUUUGGGAUCUGGAUGGUGAUUGGAUUUGCUAUCUACUUUGGAUAUGGGAUCCGGCACAGCUUUGAAGAGAAUGACCAAGAGCCAACAGCCUCGAGCUCCCAGACUCUCCCUGAACAUACUCCCAAUGUUGAAUUAGCUUAACUGCAGAAACGUGAUGCUCUCAGGACCCCAUGGGUGUCUGUCUAUUGUUCUUUCAUUCUUUCUUUCCUUUU